GCAGAGUAGCAGCUGGGACGAGACUCGGGUGAAAGGUUGGCAGCAAGAUGGCAGCGGCCAAGCGUGUGUUGUAUGUGGGUGGUCUCGCGGAGGAGGUGGACGAGAAGGUUCUGCACGCGGCGUUUAUUCCCUUCGGCGACGUCACAGACAUCCAGAUCCCGCUGGACUAUGAAACAGAGAAACAUCGUGGCUUUGCGUUCAUCGAGUUUGAGUCGGCAGAGGACGCUGCAGCCGCGAUCGAUAACAUGAACGAGUCCGAGCUGUUCGGCAGAACCAUCAGAGUGAACAUCGCCAAACCCAUGAGAAUCAAGGAGGGCUCCUCGCGACCCGUGUGGUCUGAUGACGACUGGCUGAAGAAAUUCUCAGGGAAGACAACAGAGGAGGCGGAGCAGGCAGAGUCAGCAGGAGAAGCAGCCAAUGCAGCAGCCCAGGAGGGUGAGCCACACACCAAGAAGGGCAGGACCAACCCGCAGGUCUACAUGGACAUCAAGAUCGGCAACAAGCCUGCAGGGCGGCUUCGCUUCCUGCUCCGCGCCGACGUCGUUCCCAUGACGGCAGAGAAUUUCCGCUGUCUGUGCACGCACGAGAAGGGCUUCGGCUUCAAGGGUAGCAGUUUCCACCGGAUCAUCCCGCAGUUCAUGUGCCAGGGCGGAGACUUCACCAACCACAACGGCACGGGCGGUAAGGCCAUCUACGGCCGCAAGUUCGACGACGAGAACUUCGUCCUGAAGCACACGGGCCCGGGCCAGCUCUCUAUGGCCAACUCGGGGCCAAACACUAACGGGUCACAGUUUUUCAUCACCUGUGAUAAAACCGACUGGUUGGACGGCAAGCAUGUGGUGUUUGGGGAGCUGAUGGAGGGCAUGGAGGUGGUGCGCGCCAUGGAGGCUCAAGGAACUAAAGAUGGAAAACCCAAACAGAAAAUCAUUAUAUCUGACUGUGGGGAGUAUGUGUGAGAGGUGUGUGUGUGUGUGUCUGUGUGUGAGAGAGAGGAUGUGAGACAUGACAUUUGUUUGGAGGAUUUUGUAAAUCUCUAAUAAACUUUUUAAAAAUAACA